AUGUUGAAACAUUGGCAAAAUUUUCUCGAUCUACCAGAACUCAAAUUCAAAUAUUUGUUUGAUAUUAGAUGGUCAUCUAUUCGUGGUUGUUUAAUACCCAUCAUUAGUAAUAUUGAACCUGGUCAUCAAGCCUUAUUUGCUACAUUGAAACAAAUUUCUGAAGAUCAAGAUUUUAGUCUUUCCGAUCGUGAAAAAGCUCUCGAUUUAUAUAAUUCCAUUCUCGAUGAUUCAUUUUUAUUUUAUCUUCAUUUUCAUCAUGAUUUACAAGAAUGUGUAUCAGGUGAAUUAACAAAGAUGAUGCAAAACGAUAAUGUUUCUUAUACAAUUUUGAAGGAUAAAAUUCAGGAAAAAAAGAGUGUGUUAAAUGGGUGGUUAUCGGCUCCAUCAGCUUUAAUCUUUGAUCAACAUACCACCAAUAACUUGAAUUCAACAACAUCGUGUUCCUGUGCAUGGGGUCCAUCUUUAUCCAACUACAUUCAACUUACAUUAAAUAAAACUUAUGGUGCCUUCUCCAUUGAUACAAAAAAUCGACAAAUUGCCGAACAAAACUGUCGGUCUUACAUAGAACGUUUUCUUAUUGAACUUGAUCGACGUUUUCCCAUAUCAAAGGUACAAGAAAGUUUAAGUAGAUUAUUUGAUCUAGUAUAUUUAUGUAAAAAUGAAGAACUUGUUCGUCAAACUGGUUAUGGACGUGAACAACUUGUCUUUCUCUCAAAAAUAUAUAAUCUACUCGAUGAUUUUGAUCCAAAAAAGGUUUCAACCGAAUGGGAAUCUCUACGGCCAUCAUUAAUCGCAUAUAUUGCUAUUGAUGGCAAAAAAUCGAAGGUUUAUUUAGUUUCUCCAACAAACUCAGCUGCAUGUGAGCGUGGUUUCAGUGCUUCAAAUCGUAUUCAAACAAAUAGUCGUGCGCGUCUUUUGAUCGAGACUUUAAAUGUUUUACUUACUAUUCGUUUACUUUUGCAUAAUGAUAUUCGAAGCAAAAGGUGCCAACAAAUCGUCGAAAAAUCAUUUGAUCUUUGGAAUAAUCCAGAUGAGAAUCGUCGAUGGAAACGAACAAAAUUAAUAAUAGAUAUACCAGAUGACUAUGAACCAACACGACAAACUCGUGCAAGUAAUAUUAAAAGAAAACGAGCACAAUCAUUGAAACAGCAUGAUCCUAGUUCAAGUCGGCCAAAAAAGCCGAAAGCAACAGCUGUGAAGUGUGCUAAUGGUUGUCGUCGAACGAUCUCAAAUGAUGAUCCAUUUCAAUAUGAUGCAAUUCAAUGCUGCCAUCAGCUUGAGUAUUAUUCUUGGAUCAAUGAUAAUGAAGAAUGUUCCCGAUGGCUUUGUAAUUAUUGUAGAAUAAAACUAGCAAUUCCAACUGAUUCAACAACUUGGUUUUGCAAUGAUCAUGCUGACAUGCAUAUAGAAGAUGAUACUUUUGAACAAGAACAAUCAUCUGAAUUAAUUUAA